AUGAACCACGCCAGGCCUCGCUAUGUCAUCGAACGUCCUGCAUAUUCGGUCAGCCUCUUCGACGAAGAGUUUGAGAAGAAAAGCAGAAGUUAUCCAGUUGGGGAAAAAUUGAAAAAUCUUUUCAGAUGUUCGGCUUCCAGAUUCAAACUCAUCCUCUUCAGCCUGUUCCCAAUUCUUGCAUGGCUUCCCAAGUAUAAAAUUAAGGAUUAUAUUUUGCCUGAUGUUCUUGGUGGGCUCAGUGCGGGGACGAUUCAGGUGCCACAAGGGAUGGCCUUUGCACUGCUGGCCAAUCUCCCUCCUGUCAAUGGGCUCUACUCCUCCUUCUUCCCCUUGAUAACAUAUUUCUUCCUUGGUGGUAUCCAUCAGAUGGUCCCAGGUACUUUUGCAGUCAUCAGCAUUAUUGUUGGGAAUGUCUGCAAUGAGCUGGCUCCAGAGUCGGACUUCCAGUACUUUAACCAUACCACCAACGAAAUCAAUGUGAACACCACAGCUCUGGAAGCAGCUAGAUUGGAGAUCUCUGCCACGCUAGCUUGCCUGACAGCCAUCAUACAGCUGUGCCUGGGAUUCGUGCAGUUUGGCUUUGUUGCUAUCUACCUCUCAGAGUCUUUCAUCAGAGGCUUCAUGACAGCAGCAGGGUUGCAGAUCCUCAUCUCCGUGCUCAAGUACGUCUUCGGCUUGACAGUCCCAUCUUACACCGGGCCCUUAGCUAUCGUCUAUACAUUCAUUGAUAUUUGUAAAGGUCUUCCCAAGACCAAUGUGGCCUCCCUCAUCUAUGCCUUGGUCAGUGCUGUGCUCCUGAUCAUUGUUAAGGAGCUCAACCUGAAGUACAUGAAAAAGAUCCGGAUGCCCAUCCCCAUGGAGAUCAUCAUUGUCAUCGUUGCAACUGCAAUCUCUGGCAGCUUUAACAUGCCUGAGAAGUACAACAUGCCAAUAGUUGGGAAGAUCAGUAUGGGCUUCCCAGCCCCAACCCUGCCCCUGGUGAACAAGUGGAAGGACAUGAUAGGCACAGCUUUCUCACUUGCCAUCGUGGGCUACGUGAUCAACUUAGCGAUGGGGAGAACUCUGGCAGCCAAGCAUGGCUAUGACGUGGACCCCAACCAGGAAAUGCUGGCACUGGGCUGCAGCAACUUCUUUGGAUCUUUCUUCAAAAUCCAUGUGAUCUGCUGUGCUCUCUCCGUCACUCUUGCUGUGGAUGGAGCAGGAGGGAAAUCACAAGUGGCAAGUUUCUUUGUGGCACUGGUGGUUAUGGUAACCAUGCUGGCUCUGGGGAUCUACCUCGAACCCCUUCCAAAGUCUGUCCUGGGAGCACUCAUUGCAGUGAACCUGAAAAACUCCCUCAAGCAGCUGGCUGAUCCCUUCUACCUGUGGAAGAAGAGCAAGUUGGACUGUUUGGUGUGGCUAGUGAGCUUCCUGUCCGCUUUCUUCCUGAGCCUGCCCUAUGGAGUUGCUGUGGGCGUGGGAUUUUCGGUGCUGGUAGUGGUUUUCCAUACCCAGUUCCGUAAUGGUUCUGCCCUUGGCCAAGUAACUUCCACUGACAUCUACAAGAACCCUAAGGCCUACAACAAGGUACAUGAACUUAACGGGAUUAAAAUUGUGACCUACUGCUCCCCACUGUACUUUGCCAACUCCGAGAUAUUCCGGGAGAAGAUUAUAGCCAAGACCGGGGUGGAUCCCAGUAAAGUGUACUUAGCCAGGAAGAAAUUUGUGAAACGACAGAAGAAGGGAACUGCACAACCACCAACAAACCUACCAAAAUUUCUACUGAGGCAGAACAAGACCCUGUCUUUGCAAGAGCUCCAGAAAGAUUUUGAAAGCACAUCUCCAACAGAUACCAAUAACAACCAGACGACUGCUAAUGGUGCCAGCAUCUCUUAUGUUACAUUCUGCCCUCCUGCUAACAGUGCUAGCCAGAUGCACACCUCCAGUGAGCUGGGCAGCACCACCAAUCUGCACGGAAGCACCUUCAGUGUCAUGCCUGCAGUAGAUGUUGACCCUAUGAUGACAGCACCACCCUAUGUCAGCUUCCACACCAUCAUCCUCGACAUGAGCGGAGUGUGCUUUGUGGAUCUCAUGGGCACAAAGGCACUGGGCAAGCUGUGUUCCAGUUAUCAGAAGAUUGGAAUUAAAGUGUUCUUGGCAAACGUGCAUGCCCAGGUAUACAACGACAUUAGCACAGGUGGAGUCUUUGAGGAGGGAGGCCUGGAGCGAAGUCACAUCUUCUUGACUAUCCACGACGCUGUGCUGUUUGCGCUGGCAAAUAUCAAAGAAGUUGUCCAUCCUCCAAUCUUAGAAGAGAGGCCAAAUCAAACUGAGCUCUCCAUCUAUGACGAGUCUGUGGAUGAAAGCAGUACAGAGUUCAAGAACUUGGAGGAGGAGAUGUUUGGAAGCAUGUUCCACUCAGAGGCGCAGACAGCUCUGUGA